AUGUAUUUUCAUGUACUCUUACAGAUUAAUACAGAAUUUGUACAAGUGGUUGGGUUCAGGGAUGGUCACAAUGCCCCUUUCGGAAAAUCCGAUCUGCUCUUCGUGUGUAUGUUGAGAUCUCUUUCUUCUAAUAUUGUUGUGCAAGAUACCGAAAUUUCAGUAGCCAAGUGGAUGGCAAUAGAAGAAUUUGCAUCUCAACCUAAAAAUCAGCAAAGCAAACUCCUAAAAGAUAUGAUCGGCGUGUGUGUUGCCAACGUCAACGGACAAUGUGAAGGAUUUUCAGGCAUUGGGAUAUCGUCCAACUCGCGCAAACCCUCUGCUUUCUUCUGCACUGCCCUUAAUUCUGAGUAAAUUAUCGGCAUUUGCAAACUGAAGAACAAAGAUAGAAUGGAUUUCAGCAAUUUCAUUCAAUA